CCGCCGCGUCUCUACGGAGACGCCAUUUUGGAAAAAAAAAAAAAAAGCCGAACCCGUUCACAGCACAACCCGCCCCGAGUACUGGAACUAUGCCGCGGGGCCGGCCUCGCAAACUGAGAGUCAAAAGCAGCGACGACGCAGAUGCGGAUUCCGGUGAGACGAAAGGCGAAGGCGUCAGCGAUGGCGAGCUCAAGGACAAGAAGUGCACGAUAUGCAGUCAGGUCUUCACCACUGAGAGCCAGCUGCAGAAGCAUCUACGCGUGCAUGAGGUCAACGACAAGCCCCAUCGAUGUGACUGUUGCUCACAGACAUUUAACGUGGAGUUCAACCUCACCCUCCACAAGUCCACACACACCACCUCUGACUUCACCUGCCCCGUUUGCCACAAAAGGUUCUCGCGCAUCGCCAGCCUCAAAUCCCAUGUCAUGCUGCACGAGAAGGAGGAGAAUUUGAUCUGUGCAGAGUGCGGAGAUGAGUUUGUCCUCCAGAGCCAGCUCUCUCUGCACAUGGAGGAGCACCGCAAGGAGCUGUCGGGCGUCAAGGUCUACACCUGCAAGACCUGCGGCAAGGAGUUUGAGACGUCCGCGCACCUCAAGGAGCACACAAAGAGUCACGCCAAGAUGAGGCCGCUCACCUCCAGUUCAAGAAACUACAAGAAAAACAUUGACCGCACUGGGUUCACCAACAGCUGCCAUCACUGUGGAAAAGCUUUCAAAAAGCCCAGCCAGCUUGUCAGACACAUACGAAUACAUACAGGUGAGAGGCCCUACAAGUGCUCACAUUGCGGCAAGGCUUUCAACCAGAAGGUGGUGCUGCAGACCCACAUGGUGAGGCACACCGGGGAGAAACCUCACCUCUGCAUGUUCUGCCCCGCUUCCUUCUCCCAGAAGGGGAACCUGCAUUCCCACGUUCAAAGAGUUCACUCUGAGGUUAAAGGGAUGACGCUGUUCCCAUGCAUGGACUGCAGCUGUGUAUUCAAGAAGCUGGGCAGCCUUAACGCCCACAUCAGCAAAAUGCACAUCUCUGUGAUCGAGGUCCCCUCCAGCACUCCGGAGACGGAGACGACAGGUCAGGGUCCGGGGGGGUCAGAGGGCGGCGAAGGGGUGACAGAUGUCAUCCAGCAACUUCUAGAGCUGUCUGAACAGGUCAGCGGGGAGACGGCCCAGCCCCAACCUCCAGAGCCAGCUAUUGCCAUGGAAACUGCCAUCAACCAGGACAUCUUGCAGCAAGCUCUGGAGAACAGCGGGCUGAGUGUGGUCCAGCCGCAGCCAGGCGAGGCCACAUCCAGAGAUUCACAGAACCAGACCACAGGGGGCGCUGCAGUAGAACACAAGAAAGUACAAGGCCCAGAAAGACUGGCAAGGGAGAAGAAAAGGAGCAUUUUCAAGAAACCCAUACAAAUGCCAGGCUCCAUCAGGGAAGAGAAUGGCGUUCGCUGGCAUGGCUGCCCGUACUGCUCCAAGGAGUUCAAGAAACCAAGUGACCUGGUUCGCCACAUCCGCAUCCACACCCACGAGAAGCCUUUCAAGUGCAAACAGUGCUUCAGAGCGUUCGCCGUCAAAAGCACCCUCACGGCACACAUGAAGACGCACACGGGCAUCAAGGCCUUUGAGUGUCAGUGCUGUCUGAAGUGCUUCUCCACGUCAGGCAGCAUGAAGGUGCACAUGCGGCUGCAUACAGGUGUACGUCCUUUUCCCUGCCCUCACUGUGACAAGAUCUUCCGCACAUCAGGCCACAGGAAGACGCACAUUGCUUCUCACUUCAAAAGCCUGCAGCAGAAGAAGCACAAAUUUCCACGGAAAAGCAACAAAGCCAAAGUGUCAAAGAGUAAUCUACCUCUGCCUGAUAUUCCCCUGCAGGAACCCAUCCUCAUCACUGAUUUCGGCCUCAUCCCGUCCCAGAACCCUCGGUUGGCUUUCCAGCAGUACCUGGAGGUGGUGGGCAGUGACCGGCCCUAUAAGUGCCAGUUCUGUAGUAAGGCCUAUAAGAAAUCAAGCCAUCUGAAACAGCAUGUCAGGUCUCAUACAGGAGAACGGCCCUACAAGUGCGUGCAGUGCAGUCGGGGUUUCGCCUCCUCUGGGGUGCUCAAAGCUCACAUCAGAACGCACUCGGGACUCAAGGCGUACAAGUGCCUGAUGUGCGACACGACGUUCACCACCAGCGGCAGCCUGCGACGCCACAUGACCACGCACAGCGACCUGCGACCUUACAUGUGCCCCUAUUGCCAGAAGACUUUCAAGUCAUCACCCAACUGCAGGAAGCACAUGAAGACACAUAGGUAUGAGCUGGCCCAGCAGCUGCAGCCCCAGUCAGCAGAGGACCCACUAGGAGCAGACUCUGUGGCCCACGAUAUGCAGGUGGAAAUCGAGGGCGACUCCCUCCAGCAACCACCUGCCACCGCUGCAGAGCAGCAAAGCAUGCUGGGACUGAGUCAGACGGAGGUUGUGAACGGAGGUCAACAAGUGACACUGGAGGCACCGCUGGGUGAUCAACCACUGGUACAGGGAGAAGACUCGUAUGUGACUACCCAGCAUGCCUUGCCUGAGAAUAUCAGCCAGUUUGAGACACAAGCACUUCCUCAGCCUGCCUUCGACCAGCAAGCUCUAACGCAAGGCUUCACCAUCACGGAAUCCAACUACAAUCAGUCCCAGUACUCCACCGUGCAGCAGCUGCAGGAUUCCAGCACCCUGGAGUCCCAGGCCCUGUCCUCCAGCUACCACCCCCCGAAUCUGCUGCACGUUCCCAGUGCUGAGGUGACGAAUGGGCUUCUUCAGCAGAGCAGUCAGGAUGAGCUUCAGCUGACCGAGACACAGGACUACCAGGACAGCAGUGAGGACAACAUCAAGAGAGUCUACAGGUGCACUUGGUGUAAUAAAGGCUUCAAAAAGUCAAGUCAUCUGAAGCAGCACGUGCGCUCCCACACCGGGGAGAAACCGUACCGAUGUCACCUCUGCGGACGAGCCUUUGUGUCGGCCGGCGUGCUGAAGUCCCACCUCAACACACACACGGGAGUGAAGCCCUUUAAGUGUAACGUAUGCGAUUCCUCAUUCACCACCAACGGAAGCCUGAACCGCCACAUGAUCAUUCACAUCAAAUCUUUCAAGUGCUCCGUGUGCGACGAGAGCUUCAGGACCAGCCUGCUGUGUAAAAGGCAUAUGAAGAAGGAGCACGCCGUUGAUGAUCAAAUCAUAGUUCUGGAUUGUCAUGACAUUGACGAGGACGACGAAGAUGACGAAGGCGGGCAAAAGCUGUCAAAGAGGAGGGGUUUGGAGAUCAUCACUUUCACCGAGGAGCAGACGGCCGAGCUGGCCAAGGAUCCCGGUGAGGAGGCGACAGUGUCAGAGCGGAUCCUCGCCCAGUCGGCGGCCGAGAGGGAUCGCAUCAGCGAGAUCAAGGACAAGGCCGUGGAGCUGGAGACGGAACCCAAGUUUCCAAACUGUUGCAGUUUCUGUCCCAAGAGCUUCAAGAAGCCCAGUGACCUCGUCAGGCACAUCAGGAUCCAUACAGGAGAAAGACCGUACAAGUGUGAUGAAUGUGGGAAGAGUUUUACAGUGAAAUCUACCCUGGACUGCCAUGUGAAGACACACACAGGUCAGAAACUGUUUAGCUGUCACAUGUGCAACACCUCCUUCUCCACAAAGGGCAGCUUAAAGGUGCACAUGCGCCUCCACACCGGCUCCAAACCCUUCAAAUGUCCCUUCUGUGAGCUGCGCUUCAGAACGUCGGGCCACCGCAAAACCCACAUCCAGUGCCACUUCCGGCCGAACAGCGACAACCGCAGGUCCAAGCGGUUGGCCUCGUCUGCCAGUCAGGCCGGUCAGGGUCAUGACCCAGGGACGGCGCAGGCCCCGGGUCAGGGCCAGGAGCCGGCUGCGUCAGAAGCUCUUCAGUCUGUGGGUCUGCUGCAAACGUCCAACUCUGACCCCAGCAUUUACCUCCCGGCCAAUCAAGUCCUGACAGGGCAGUUUGACCAGAGUCUGCUGCAGCAGGGACUGGUGGGACAGGCCAUCCUUCCUGCCUCAAUGUCCGCUGCAGGGGACCUGACUGUCUCUCUCCCAGAUGGCCUGACCACACUGGAUGGCAUCCACCUGCAGCUGACGCCUGCUAACCUGGUCUGCCCCAACGUCCAGAUCUCUGGCAUCGAUGCCAAUAACAUCACAUUACAGAUUGACCAUGCCCUCCUCCAGCAGACGCUGCAACAGGGUGGUCUCCUCUCUCAUCCCCUGAGCGUCGACACCGGCCUCGUCUCCCACUCCAACUGCCAGCUCCUGUCCACCACCGACCCCUCGGUGUCCGCCAACGUUGUCCUGCACCCACUGACCAGCCUGGCCCUGCAGCCCUCCACCAUCACACCUGCUCAGGUCACAAUGGCCGGCCUCUCUGAGCAGGAUGCUGCAGGUUCGUUUGCUGGCAAAAAAAAAAAAAAAAAAAAGACUAAGCACACACCCUCCUUUAUGAGCACAAUAACUGAUGCCUCCUUUCCGGUGGACCCUGCAGGCUCACAGGACCUCGGCCAUGUCAUGAGCAGCUCGGGCCUGGUCGCCGGAGGCAGCGGCGGUCAGGAGAUCACACUGACCAUCAACAACUCCAGUCUUACACAAGCCCUAGCCCAGGUACAGGCCCAGGCCUCAGCUGCUGGUUCUAGCGCUGCAGCGGGGAACCCUCAAGAGAUCACCCUCACUAUAUCAGGUCAGGAUCUGCUGCCUCAACAUAGCAACCCCAAUGGCGGCGAGAUCAAUGGAAGCAUCAGGCUGACAUCACCGCUCAAUAGCCAAACCACCAGUGCAACCUUGACCAUCACCAAUGACCACCUCCUACCUCAGAGCCCCGCCGGCACUGGAUUGGCAGUAACCAGCCUGCCACCGAGCACCACGCUUUCACACACUGCUGCAUCCCAGAGCCUGGUGAUGUCACCAGGGGGCGUCGCCAGCGAUGGCAGUGUUACACUAACCCUUGCCGAUGCACAGGGUAUGCUGGAUGGUGUCACUCUAAACCUCAAUGCACAGGGUCAGACAUUUGAGUCCAGCCUACAAGGGCAGUCAGCAAGCUCAGGCCAGCAGGUCAUACUGGUCAGUCACCAUUCGCAGUCUGCAAACGGGGCGUCUGACAACGGAUAUAACAUUUCUGACGAUGGGCGUAAGAAGGACGCCCAGAUGGAGGGCGAAAAUCGGAACCAGUGUUACUACUGUAACCAGGUGUGCCAGAAUGCCAACUCACUGCGACGCCACUGCAGGCAAGCUCAUGGCAAGGACCGCUGUCACGUCUGCGGCGUCUGCAACAAGGCUUUCAAGCGUGCCACACACCUGAAGGAACAUGAACGGGUGCACCAGCCAGGCCCCUCACCCAGCUCCCAGAAACCCAGAGUCUUCAACUGCUCGUCCUGCGUGAAGGCCUUCGCCAAGCGCAGCCAGCUGGAGAGACACAACCGAACACACACAGGCGAGCGUCCCUUCAAAUGCAGUCAGUGCGACAAGGCCUUCAACCAGAAGAGCGCUCUGCAGGUCCACAUGGUCAAACACACUGGAAAGAAGCCCUUCAAGUGUGAGGUGUGCAGCAUCAGGUUCACGCAGAAGAGCAACAUGAAACACCACAUGAAGAGAUCCCACGGCUACGGUCAGAUCCAGGAAGUGUCCCUGAGCCAAGAGGAAGCAGCGGCUCAGGUGGAGGUGUCUCCCGAGCUCGACCUGGAGGUUGUGCCCGAGUCAUCCGGAGACUGGCAGAAUGUCUUCUCCUGACCACAGACCACGAGUCCCGAGAGUCAAAAAAGCACUGAGUUUUACAACUGAACAACAAAGCUCCGCCAAACAUAUUCUUCCGCUCAAACACGGUCAUUUGGUGAAAGGAAGAUUGAAGACUUAUUUAGAUUUUCUCCACUGUAGAUCGAGGGGCUUUCACGGCGACAGCGGUCCCCUGCUGUCGGUCCUCAUUAGCAGCGGAGUCAAGGGGGAGUCUGGUGCCCUCUGAUUGGCCCUAAUGACUUUUAUCUGUUUUGCUGCUGCCGUCUGAUUGUCAUCAAUAUGAUAACCUCCGGAGAGGUUCGGCUCAAUGAACCCGGGCAUCGUCCCAGAGACUCCUCCAGUCGGCCGGGAGACGCAGGUCCCUCUGAUGCCCCGCCCCCCUGUUCGAAAGAGAAGAAAUGGAGAAGAAGAAAACGUUUCCCCCCGGAGACGAGUGUCUCGUCUCGUCAUCAUCGGCCCUGCUCACGGUUACAAACCCGCGGAGCCGCGAAACAACUGCACUGCUGUCAUCUGCUUCAAAAGCAUCUGUGUUUACAGCACCUAACAGAAAUCUUUUUUCACUGGUUUACAUUUUUCUUUUUACUUAUUUAUACUGUACAUAUUUUUGUUUUGAAGUGAAAUGUCAUUUGCAUUUUGUUCCGUGUAUCUUUUAGUCACAAAUCAGCGUCAAACGGUUACAUUUGUAGAGAUUGCCGGUGAGCUGUGAGGACGCCGUUUUGGAUCUGAAGCCGCGGCAGCUUAUUUUGGACGGAUCAUCGCGAACGUCAGCAUCAUGUCGAUUUCCUUGUAGUCGUCGUGUCGUUUGAUCCCGCAGCACUGACCUUAUCAUUACUGUAGUGCAUUUUGUAAAUAGUGUAGUUAGAUGACGUAUAUAUAUUUUCUGAUGGUCUGCCCCAAACAUAGGUUGUUUGGAAAUAUGUAAUUUGGGCAUAAUGUUGUAUUUGUUAUGAAUCAAAGCCAAUGUACAGACAAUAAGCUGUUUGUUUUUUUCCCACACUCUUUUUUUGCAGUUGUAUUUUCUAUUGUCCAUAAUAAGUUAAGGAGAUUAAAGUAAUUUUUCUACAAAUUUAAA